AUGGCUUCAACAACCCUCUUCCGCCUCGCUACGCGCACUCCGGCCACCUCUUUCUUCAAGGCCGCUCCAUACGCCGCUCGUGCCAGAGUAUCCGCUGCCGUCCCUGCCCCCGUCUUCAGAGCCAGCGCAUUCAGCACCACUCCCAUGCGAUUCAGCGGUGCUCACGAGGAGGAGACCUUUGAGCAGUUCUCUGCCCGGUUCGUCAGCGCCAGCCGAUUUCCCAGACUUGAACCCAUCGAGAAAAAGAGCCAUUGCACAUCCAAUGAACCAGAAAUGCUGAUUGAAAAUAUUAUAUGGUAG